AAUGUUCCGGUGUAGCACGAAUCAGAAUCAGAUUCAGAAGAAGAAGCAUAGCAAUUAGCAGCGAUUUCAUCGCCACCGGUAACGUUGUUUGGUGAGAGAAAUGGCGAAUCAAGGUGCUAAGAAACGCAAAGAAGAGAACUCUCGUCACAUCACCAAGCUCCGCCACAUCAUCAUCGCCUGCAAUGUUAUUUAUUUAAUAAUUAGGAUGUUAAUCUUCCAUUCAAGCUUCACCUGGAAGCAUUGGAUUGGCUUGGUUUUGACUUCUCUAGCUUAUUAUUUUCCUUACCAACAACUUGCUAAGAUGGCAAAACCUAGUUAUACACAAGACGGUGAGCUCUUAGAUGGUGGUUUUGAUAUGACUACUGGUGGAGUUUGCGGCUAUUUACAUGAUGUUAUCUACAUAACAUGCUUUGUGCAAGUUGCUUCCAUCAUCUCUGGAAAGUUCUGGUACAUAUAUCUUGUGAUACCAGCAUUUGGAGCAUACCAAUCCUUUGGCUUGAUUAAAGGAUUUUUGCCUCAAGGUUCAGAGGAAUCGGUUGAAGAUGAAAAGACUCGCAAGAAAAGGGAAAAGAUGGAAAAGAAGGCAUCCAGACCUAAGUUUGUCAAGACACGAACCAGAUAGUUUGCUGGAAUGGAAGCCCAGAUGCACAAUAUCACCCAAUUAUCCAAGAUUGAUGGAGGGUUUUACUGUAACUUAAAGUUAUUACAAGUUUCAUUUUAGCCUGAGUUAGUUUUUCAUGUGCAACAAUUUCCUUUUCUUAUGCCCCUCUAUUUAGGGAAAGAAAACAAGAACAUGUAUCCUUUACACAAUUUAUAAAAGUUCUUGUAAGGACUAACCUCUAUGGGAUACUUGGAUUAAGAGUUGUCCAGUCUGUAAAGAUGCAUUGCAUCAAAUUACUCGAAACAUUUCAAGAGUUAAUGUCGUGGAAUUGUGUAAAUGGAUAUAACCUCGGCAUUCUAAAUCUUACAUGUGUGUUUUUAGAGUGUUUA